CGUGCGGAGGGGAGGAAAAAACAGCUGAAAAAAAGUUUGGACGUUAGAGGGCUGAUCUGAAGCAAGCGAAGUGUUUCGACAGAGACCAAGAGGCGCUCGUCGGGCUCUUUGCCCCACUUUUGGAUUACGAUAUGGACGCUUUGAAAUCCGCUGGAAGGGCAAUUAUACGGAGCCCCAGCAUCGCCAAACAGUCGUGGGGUGCGGGCAGACAUAAAAAGCUUCCGGAGAACUGGACGGACACGAGGGAGACCCUUCUGGAGGGCAUGGUGUUCCAGCUCAAGUACCUUGGGGUCACGAUGGUUGAGCAGCCCAAAGGGGAGGAACUGUCGGCGGCUGCUGUCAAGAGGAUAGUGGCCACGGCCAAAGCCAGUGGAAAAAAACUCCAGAAAGUCACAUUAAAGGUCUCCCCACGAGGAAUCAUCCUUUACGACAGUGCCUCCAACCAGCUGAUAGAAAACAUCUCCAUAUACAGAAUAUCAUAUUGCACGGCAGACAAGAUGCACGACAAAGUGUUUGCCUACAUCGUCCAGAGCCAACACAACGAGACUCUUGAGUGUCAUGCCUUCCUCUGCACCAAGAGAAAAAUGGCCCAGGCAGUAACCCUAACGGUGGCUCAGGCUUUCAGAGUGGCGUUUGAAUUCUGGCAGGCUGCCAAGGAAGAGAAAGAGAAGCGAGCGAAGUCGGGUUCAGACGGAGAAGGAGCCAGCAACUCUCAGUCGGACAGCUCGGCCAGCCUGGGUAGCCUGAAGGGAGGAGAGGUAGCCACAGGAACACUUCUGGAUUUGGCAGAGGGAGCCAACGUGGCGCUGGUCCACUCAGGAACAAAGCAGACUGAAUCGGAUCCCUUUAUGGUGCAUAAUCACACAACAGAGAACAACAAUACUGUAUGGGAGUUGGAGGACGGUCUGGACGAGGCUUUCUCAAGACUCGCUGAGUCUCGCACUAACCCCCAGGUCCUGGACAUUGGGGUAAACCCUCAGGACUUGAACACUGAAGAGUGCCUGUCCCCAGACAAAUGGGACCAAGAGGACACAGACUUCACUGCACAAAAAGACACUUUUGGGUUCUAAUGUGAAGCCUCUGCCAAGAAGGGAAAACAGGGAAAAGCGGAGAAGUGGUGGAAAAACAUGGUUGGAAACUGAAGUGACAAAAGAGACAUUUGUGACAUCAGUAAGGGUUCCCACCUUCUCCCUGCUGCCAAGUCCUCUCAGUGGUGCAGUCCAGUGGCUUUCUGAUACUUCUGCAUCGACGCGACCAGAGAAGGACGACAUGAGCAGGCUGCUCACAGAACAGGCCAAAGCAAUACAAACCAAUUUAUCCCUUUUCUAUGAAACAACAUGCAGUCAUUUAAUGUUUGUUACAGUCAGUGUAUUACUUCCUUUUUGUGUCUGUUUACCCAUUCACUGUUCGUAAUGUGUUUGUGGUAUGUGCUUGUGUACAUUGCGUUAAACAAAGUGUGUGAGUGGAUGUACAGUAUAUAAAUGUACAAAGUGAGAUAUGAGAACGAUGGCGUGAAUUGAGUUUGGAACAGUUCAUUACGUGUCAUUAAGGUAAAGGUCAACAAGGGUGCUGUGAAAUAUUUGAUUUACUUCCAGAUGGAGAAAUGUAACUGGAUUAGAGGGAAAACUUACUGAGGAAGCCACCAGUACACCAGUUCCAGUAUUGGGCAAAAUAAUAAAGUUACUACCUAUGUACUUCAAGGAUUCAGCCUUUUGUUGGGCAGCAAAAGCUUUAAAAAAAAUUGUGUGUAUGUGUUGGUCAAGGAGUGUUUGUGUAAAAAAAAUGGAUAAGAACAAAAUGACAAUCUUAUUUUCUUUCAAAUGCAAAAUCUAUUUUUGCACUCGGCAGUCAUCCAUUUUUAAAAGCACACAUGUCAUGUGAGGGAAUUUAGUGUCAGUAAGCAUCCAACUCAUUUUUCAGGCUUUUGUGCAGAGCCUCUGUUCACUCUUCCCCUUGGACUUUCUGCCAUUUUAUUGUUUAACAACUUUGAAUCACAGUGGAUCCAUUCAGCGUUUUUCACUGUUACGUUGACGACAGUCGUGCACCUCACAAUGUUUUCUGACAUUGUGGAGAACAGCCAGACCCCCAAUAGCAACACAUUUCAGUCAUAAUUCCCACUCUGAUUCGUGGACUUUGAAUCUAGCAGGGAGGGAAGUCUAGCAUUGUUUUUUUUUUCACUUCAACAUUUCAGUCUUUGAGCAUGUUAUCAAGUUAAAUUAAUCCACUGUGAUUAAUAGUUGAAGAAAAAAAACAAACUUGAAGUCCAAGAGGGCGAAUGUGUUUUAUUGGCACUCUACCACUGUUAAAUUAUAUUGUUACAUUGAAUUUGCUAGUUUACUUUUUUUUUUUCCAGGGAUGGUUCCCAGUGUUACUUUUGGCAUUUGUUUCUGUAUGAAUUUAAUUUAAUUCAUUAAUUUACAUAAAUUUCAAUCAAA